CAUACACAUACAUCACACAGUAGCUCAUCAUCUUCAUGGAAAUUACAACCGUAAAACAGCGAUCAUUCAGUGUGUUCUCCGAAACGAACAUGAAGGAAGAAGCGACAGAAUUGGCGUUGGUUUCGAAUGGCUGCGUGGAUUAUAAAGGGAGGAUUGCAAGUAAACAAGCUACUGGAGGAUGGAAAGCCUCCCCAUUCAUAAUAGUGAAUGAGGUUGCAGAGAGACUGGCAUUCUUUGCAGUUGCUGUGAACAUGGUGGCUUAUCUAGUGAGAGAGAUGCAUCAGCCAUUCCCAGAUGCAGCCACUCAUGUCACUGAUUGGAUCGGAGCUGCAUACGUUCUGACGCUGCUCGGAGCUUUCCUCGCAGACGCCUAUCUAGGCCGUUUCAGGACCAUCAUCAUCUUCUCCGGUAUCUAUGCAGUGGGAAUGGUGAUGUUAACACUCUCAGCAUCCAUAGACAGCCUGAGGCCGCCUCGGUGCAGCCAGAGACCAUGCGUUCCAUCAACGAGGAGGCAGACGGCGUUCCUGUACUGCUCGCUGGCGCUCAUAGCCGUGGGCACGGGGGGCAUCAAGCCGUGCGUGUCCUCAUUCGGGGCGGAUCAGUUUGAUGAAUCCGACAGCAACGAAGCCCAGAAGAAGUACGCCUUCUUCAACUGGUUCUUCUUCGCCAUCAACAUGGGAGCACUUGUGGGGAUCACGCUCAUGGUGUACAUACAAGAUGAGUUUGGAUGGAUUUGGGGAUUCGGAGUCCCCACCGCAGCCAUGAUCAUCUCCAUGCUCAUCUUGGCCGCCGGAUUCAUGAAAUAUCGAUACCAGAAGCCCAUGGGCAGCGCCUUCACCAGAUUCCUGCAAGUUAUGCUGGUUGCACUUAGAAAUCAUGUUAGAGGAGUUGGUGUCGUGGAGGCUCAUCAUCUUUACGAGGUUAAGACCAAAGAAUCCGACAUUUUUGGUGCACGGAAGCUCGAUCACACCAAACAGUAUAGCUUCUUGGACAAAGCUGCUGUCAUAACGGAACAGGAUUGCGACACGAGGAACCGGUGGAGAAUCUGCAGUGUGACGCAAGUUGAGGAGUUCAAAUCCUUUGUGAGAAUCCUUCCCAUUUGGGCUUCAACCAUAGCUUUAGCGAUCUCCUUCGCGCAGCUCUCCACCUACUUCAUCAUCCAGGCCGGCACCACCGACCGGAGAAUCGGCACGAUCGAGAUUCCGGCGAGCUCGAGCCCCGUCUUCGCCGUCCUCAACGCCCUGCUGGUGGUCCCCCUGUACGAGAAGCUGGUGGUCCCGUUUCUCCGGUCCAAGACGGGUCACCCGAGGGGCAUAACGUCGCUGCAGCGGAUGGGGAUCGGCCUCUUCGUCUCCAUCUUCGCCAUGAUCUCGGAGGCGCUGGUGGAGAAGAAGCGGAGGGAUGAGUCGCCCGAGAAGUUGAGCGUUUUCUGGCUUUUCCCGCAGUUCUUUCUCAUCGGGUUGGCGGAGGUGUUCACGUACGUGGGGCAGCUGGAGUUCUUCUACGACGAGGCGACGGACGGGACGAGGAGCAUAAGCAGCGCCAUGUUCUUGAGCGAGAUCGGGAUCGGGAGCUGGCUCAGCACCGCCAUUGUUAAGAUCAUCGAGGGAGCUACGGGCGGGGUCACCAAGGGCUGGCUCCGGAAUGAUUUGAACAAGAGCCGCCUCGAUUAUUUCUACUGGACUCUCGCCGGGAUCAGUGCCGCCAACUUCUUGGUGUAUGUGUGCGUUGCGCAGCGGUAUAAGGGGAGGAACGGUGGCCGGAGCAGCGUCGCGGCGGUUGAGUUGGUCCCAAAUGGAGAUGACCAUGAUAAGGCCGAGUUUCGCAGCGUGGCCAUCUGAAUGGAAUCUCUCACAUUUCCUUCUUUUAGUUUACUAAACUAGUUUUCAAAUAUUUCUUCAAUUCUUUGCUGCAAAGUUAAUUGUGCUAGUAUUGCUGUAAAAUCUCAACUUUUUAUAUCAAACCCACAAAGUCACAUUAUUUCUAGAAA